AUGGCUUCCGUGACUUCUUUGGAUAAAGACUUGCGCAAUAUGCGCCUGUCCCGCUAUACCCCGCAGGCAGCCGCCGAGGUGCGCGACUGGAUCGAGGAGGUGCUACGGGAGAAACUACCGUCGAGUGAUCUUAUUGAAGGGCUUAAAGAUGGAGUCGCCCUAUGCAAACUGGUCAAUCUGGCUGUGUCACCAGGCGUCAAGUAUAAGCCAUCUGCGAUGCCAUUUGUACAGAUGGAGAACAUCUCCCAUUUCCUCCGUGCAUGCCAGAUGGCGCCCCUGAAUCUGCCUCCACAUGACGUCUUUCUGACCGUCGAUCUAUAUGAAUCGAAAGACCCGGCCCAAGUGCUCCAAUGUCUCGCAGCAUUCAGUCGGCGUGCGAAUGCUCUUGCGCCCACCACAUUCCCCCGAACAGUUGGCCCUCAGAGCAAGCGUGGGAUGGUGAGCCCGAAUGCCACAGGCUCUUCUAGUCCUGGCACUUUUACUCCCCGGAACGGACGGGCGUCCAGCAACGCUAGCGAUGCGGUCCCUUCUGGUCCAGGGCGACCAGGGAGCCCUUCGAAACCAUCAGGCUCUCUGGGCUCCUGGAACAAGAAACCGGAUGGGUCUUCAGCCGCACCCGCGUGGAAUAUUCACCAGUACGGCUAUAUGGGUGGAGCUAGUCAAGGCAACCAGGGCAUUGCAUUUGGUGCGCGGCGGCAGAUUACAACCCCAGGUCCUGCAGUCCCCAGCCUUGCAGAGAAAGAGAAACGCAGACGUGAAGAGGAAGACAGAAUUCGCAAGGAGAAUGAGGAGAGAGAGGAGAUUGAAAGGGCUCGCCAGCGUGAACAAGAGGAGUUGGAGGCCCAGGCUAGGGCCGAAGAAGCGCGACGAUGGGAAGAAGAGACGAAUCGCCUCAGGGAGAAAGAGCUUCGGGAACUGGAAGAGGAGAGAAAGCGAUGGGAUGCAGAGAAGCGUCAGUGGGAAGAAGAGGAGCAGCGCCGUAUGGCUGAGGAGAAUGAAGCAGAGGAACGCCUCGAAAAGGAGCGGCAACGUCGACAGGGUGUCAAUGAUGCUCGCCUCAAUGGGCAGUUUCUCAGCCAAUACCAGUCCAGCCAGAACAUCCCUGCUGCGAGUGGAGCUGGAACCGUUGAUGAGACACCGGAGAGUCGUCGCAUUAAGGAGUUAGAGCGAGAGCUUGAGCUAGCCAAAGAGCGGGAACGCCAGUAUCAGACAGAGAGACAGAGCAUCCCGGAUCAAAAAAGCGGCAAUGAGUCUCAGCCUCGCAGCCACAGCCGCCAACGUCCGAUACCUGUCCCUCCCAAGCCGAGCUACGACCUGUCCUCUCUGGAGCAGGAGCGCAGGAUGCUCCGUGGAGAAUGGCAGAAGAACCAAGAAAUGCCAGCUGCCCAGGAGGAAGCCGAGACCGCCACAGAAGAGCCAACACCAUCUCUACCCCCUCGCCCACUUCCUGAACCUGUUUCAGCGUCACAACCGACACUUCCACCCAGGGAUCUCCCUGCAGCUCCCCGGCCUCUUCCCGAUCCAGUAGCAUACACUGCCAACCGCAGCCGAGAGAGCCGCGCUGACCGGUUCCUUUCUUCAAACCCAGCCCCUGUCGCUCCUGUUCCAUCAGCUCAUCGAACCCAAGAUUAUACCUCAACUGGCGAGAUUGACGCCGAGAAUGAGCGCCGUGUGGCUUCGCAACAGAAAACUCGUGCGGGUGGUUGGGCAUCAAAGUCACUUUUGGAGCGUGAGAUGGAGCGUGAACGUGAACGCCAGCGCGAGUGGGAAGAUAACCAAAAGCAAACGCAGGCUGCCGCCGAGCGAGGCGUUCGCGAUCCCUCACUUGGCUCAGGACCGGGUCAGUCCUGGGAUGUUCACCAGUAUGGUUACUUGGGUGGUGACAACCAAAACCGUGGUGGUCCAGGACUCGGCAUUGGAGGUGCUAGACGCCAAAUUAUUGGUCCUCGGCCACCUCCGUAG